AUGGACCUUGCGGGUGGUACGUACCAAAUCCAGCUGGGUACGUUGAGGAAAACAGACGCUGAUGAUGAUAGUACCAAAUUGGCUCCUAUUAGCGUGCGUGGGCACACGGGUGCAAGCGUCGUUAAGUCUGGGCCUCUGGGCCUGGGCACUAACGGUCCCUGUGGGUCGGGCAUCAAGAGUAUCGUGUACAGCAGCGAAACCAAGAGUCUCCAGCUACCCCUGGACACGCAAGCCGUGAUCGAGAUCCCGAACUUUGUAGGGGUCGACGGCGAGCCCGGGCCCGUUGCCAUUGAUCUCGACGCGCCCGUGGCGGGGCCCGCGGGACCGGAAGGUUCAGAGGGUCCCCGGGGCACGGACGGCGGGCUGGAUAUGCGGCACACCAUGCCGUACGCGGAUGAGGGGGACUCCGUGCUGUAG